AUGUCUCCAUUUUCUCUGUCGUUCCUCUUGUUGCCUUUGGCCUUGUUCUUGGUUCUCGGGGCUCACCCGAUCGCUGCUCAGGCACCUGCCCCUUCCCCAUCUUCUAAUGCCAAUGCUCUAAUUUCCACGGCCUGCGAGCAAGCCAACCACAAAGAUUUCUGCAUUCAUGUUCUAAAAUCUGAUCGAAACAGCCCAACUGCAGACAUCAAAGGCCUUGCCUACAUUGUGCUACGGCUCGCUGAGAAGAACGCCACGGCCACAUCCCUGUUUAUCAAGCAAAAGCUCAAUUCAUUGGGUCAGAUAAAAUCAGAUCUAAUACAGCAAUCCCUCAUGGAUUGUGCUGAUCAUUAUAUAACAGCCUCAGAGCUCGUGGAAGAUGCAAUAAGUUCUUUGGUGUCUGGUAUUUAUAACGAUGCUUCGCAGCUUGCCAAAGCGGCUGUGGCUGAUCUGGAUAGCUGUGAUGCAGGUAUUAAGGAAUACAAGGAUAGUAGUCCCAAUGCAUUGGAGGUGGUUAACAAGAACCAACUAAUUCGCCAGUUGAUUAACACCGGCUUGACCAUUGCGCAUGUUGCUGCCACAGCCAAGGCACAUUAA